CGCCUUUGCCACCACACCGUACCACACCCUCCCAAAGCCUCUAUACUGGAGAGAGUGCUCCCCUAGCCCUCCACACGCUACAGAACAAACGCGAAACCGCACCCGCUCUGCUCUCUGCUCUGCGCUUCGCAUCGCUCACACGGGCUGCCAUUACUGCCCCACCUGUCUCUGGGCCCGAGCACGCCAGCCAAAGGGAAGAAGCGGAUUCCUCAUGGCCGGUGACCGCCGCGGCGGCCCCUCUCCCACGGCGGAGCGCCGGCGUGGGAUCCGGCGCCUCCUGCUGCCCCGCGGGGAGGCCUCCUCCUCGUCCUCGCCGACGCCGCUGUCUCCGCCGGCCGCGGCCGAGGUGGGGCGGAGAAAGGGGUUCGCCUCCGCCGCGCUGCGCGGGCUCGGGUGCACGUCGGCCGCGGCCUCGCAGGCGUACGCGCCGGGGGCAGGAGCCGCGGCGGCGGCGGCCGUGCGGUCGUCUGCCGACUGGCACGGACGGCGGAGGCGGGGGAAGGACAGGAGGAAGGAGAGGGGAGGAGGAGGAGGGGGAGCGGGUCUCGUGGGCGGAGGGAUCGGCGCCGACGUGUGGUGCGCGCCGGGGAUACCGUUCGCGGCGGAGGCGUCGUCCGUGGACUGCGUGGUGGCGCGGCACCAGAUGUUGGGGAGGGCGCGCGGCGGCGAGGCCGAGAGGCCGCACAUGCACAGAGAGAGGCCGUGCUUGUCUCGAAGAUCGGCCAUGCAGGAGCAGGUAUCCUCGUCGUUCAUGGAAUCGCCGCCGCCGCCGCACCUGGACGGCCCGUUCUUCGGUGCCGAGCUCCUUCCCUCCGCCCGCCUUCGCCGGAUGCGUGGGUACCGCCCAUCCCCGGGAGGCCUCGAGGAAGAGAUCAUGAUGUUUCAGACAAGAGUUUUGUUGGGAGGAAUGAGUAUGUAUGAUCGGUACCAGGAUUGGCGCCUUGAUGUCGAUAACAUGACAUAUGAGGAAUUGCUCGAGCUUGGAGAAAGAAUUGGACAUGUCAACACAGGGUUGCGCGAGGACGAAAUAGUUCGCAACCUUAGGAAGGUCAAACACCCAGCGCUCGAUUCAUCAUUCAGGUUUCCAACAGAAGUGGAAAAGAAAUGCAGUAUUUGUCAAGAAGAGUUUGAAGCAAAUGAUGAGAUGGGGAGGCUGCAUUGCGGCCACAGCUACCAUGUUUACUGCAUCAAGAAAUGGCUUUCUCAGAAGAACGUGUGCCCAGUUUGCAAGACUGCUGUCACCAAGACUUAAGAGUUCGUACUCCAGGCUACACCUAUUGUGUACCUGAGUGAAACUUGAAAAGUCUGCAUGUUGUGUCCUGUACAGCCUGUUAUAUAUUUGUAAACACAACAUCCAUUCAUUUGAAUUUGCAGAUAGCAAUGCCAUAUUGUGGCAAUCUUUUAUCAAAUAUAUGGGUUCUUGUAUGGUCUUU